ACAAGCCGAGACAGAGAGGAGAGAUCAUGGCGGCACCUCUCGGACGGGACACCCUACCUGACCACUGGUCGUAUGGAGUUUGUAGAGAUGGCCGGGUCUUCUUUAUUAAUGACAAAACUCAGAGCACCACUUGGCUACAUCCGCGCACCGGGGAACCGGUUAACUCGGGACACAUGAUACGGUCAGACUUGCCAAGAGGAUGGGAAGAGGGCUUCACGGACGAAGGAGCCAGUUACUUCAUCAACCACAACCUGAGGACUACAUCAUUUCGGCAUCCUGUGACCGGACAGAUUUCCCCUGAAAACACAGAAUACACACUACAAGACAGGAUAGAGUCCCGUAUGUCCAAGUCAGCGGCCAACCACAGAUCCCCCAGCAUGGUCACAGAGUCCUCCAAGGCAGUGACCUCAGCAGCGGAUGCCACCUCAGGGUCAAAGGGCUCCAGAGGUACGGGGAAAGUACACAGUUUUGGCAAGAGGGAUCAUGCUAUUAAAAGAAACCUCAACAUCCCAGUGGUGGUGAGGGGCUGGCUGUAUAAACAGGACAGCUCUGGAAUGCGACUGUGGAAACGGAAGUGGUUUGUUUUGUCAGACUACUGCUUGUUUUACUACAAAGACAGCCGAGAAGAGACAGUGCUCGGUAGCAUCCCUCUGCCCAGUUAUGUCAUUGCGCCAGUUGAGCCUGAUGACCACAUAAGCCGCAAAUACGCUUUCAAGGCGAACCACACAGGAAUGCGGUCCUACAUUUACAAUAAGAACUCUGUGAUUGGCUCACAGGCAGAACACUGCGGGAUGCGGACAUAUUUCUUCAGCGCGGACACACAGGAGGACAUGAAUGGCUGGAUCCGGGCCAUGAACCAGGCUGCGCUGAUGCAGCAGAGUCACACUAUAAAGAGAGAGAUGGAGAAGCCAGAGAAGGCUUCUAAGCAGGCAGUCCCACAAACCAACCAUGUCCACAUAAACCAGAACUCAUCUCACUCACAAGGCCUUCCCAAGACAGACAGAGAGGAACCUCACGAUAAUGGUAUCAGACUGGCUCAUGGGGAUGAGGUGAGGUAUGGAUUAGAGAUCCAAGGCAGGCCCAGCCAGUCAGCCACAGAGGAGAGAAUAGAGAGACUCUCUCCAGACUCUGUCAAUGGUGCCGCCAACAAGAACGGACAGCAAACUGAAAUCCAAGUGGCUCUGCCACCGGAACAAAAUGGAAAUCUCGUCUAUCAGAGGGGCUUUGUUUCACGGACAGACACUGAGAAGCAUGUGCAGAGGAAGAAUACAUUGGCUCAGGUGGAGCAUUGGGUCAAAGUUCACAAAGGAGACCCAUCGAAGAGUGCUCCCUCUGCUGAGUACAACCUCCCUUGGCGGACUCCUCCUUUGAAGCCCAAAGCCAGCACAACGGAUGCCACCUAUCAGUCGUUGCCAAAGUCUCCCCGUCUCCCGUCUGGCAGCAACUCUCCUCCAGCAACAUGCAACCUGCCCAGUGACUACAAGUACGCUCAUGACCGGCUCAGCCACUUCCGCAUGUCCACCGAUGAGCGAAUGGCCACCAAGGAGGGAAUGGUGUGGCAGCUGUAUGAGUGGCAGCAACGUCAGCAGUUCCGUCAUGGCAGCCCCACCGCUCCUGUCUACACUGGGCCUAACUUCACAGACUCCCCGUCUUUUAGAGUUACUGUGGAGAUGCCGCGCUCCAUCUCUGUCCCUCCGUCCCCGUGUGAAGUCCCACCGUCUGUCCCCUCCUCAUUCAAACCCCUGUCCCCUCGCAGGCCACACACUCCAUCAGACAGACGCACAGUCAGGCCCCUGGAUGAAGUAGCAGCCGGGGACAGCACAAGAUCCAGCUCCCCUGGCCAUUUUUGUGCCCAUCUUUCCCAGACUUCCCAAAUAGAGAGAAGGUCCAUGCCAGCCAUGGGCUACAUCACACACACUGUCAGUGCACCUAGCUUACAUGGCAAAACGGCUGAUGAUACUUACAUACAACUGAAGAAGGACCUGGAGUAUCUAGAUCUCAAGAUCCAAAGUAUUGACCCGAUGAUCGUUUCAGUACACAAUGUGUUUGAAAACUCCACUCCAAGUUUUGGGUACUGUUGGAAUGUUACUGGACGAGAAAGUUUAAAAAAAGAAAGACCAUCCAGGCCAGUGAAAAUAGCAGAAAGUGAUGCUGAUGUGAAAUUAAGUCGACUGUGUGAACAAGACAAGAUUCUCCAGGAGCUAGAGGCCAGGAUACGCACUUUGAAGGAGGACAAGGACAAGCUAGAGUCUGUGCUGGAUGUUUCCCACCAGCAGAUGGAGCAGUACAGAGAUCAGCCGGCCCAUGCCGAGAAGAUUGCCUAUCAGCAGAAAUUACUACAAGAGGAUGUGGUGCACAUCAGGGCUGAAAUAUCCCAAGUCUCCACAGAGAUGGAGAAUGCAUGGAAUGAAUACAGCCGGCUGGAGAGAGAUGUGGACUGGCUGAAGUCAGCCCUGCAGGGACAGAUGAACCGCAGUGAUCUUUCUCAGCAAGAGAAAGUCCAGAUCAGAAAGGAGCUGUGGAGGAUUGAGGAUGUUAUCGCAGGCCUCAGCACCAGUAAAGCCAACUACAAAGUCACUAUCUCCUCUGUUACCAACCCAGAGAGGAAAUUUGUGCCUUCAGUCCCGGCAUCAUCAGUGCCUUCUGUGUCUGGGAGCCCGUCUGCUAUGGAGAUGAGAUUGUCCCAGCAGCAGCAACAGCAGCAGCAACAGCAGCAGCAACAGCACAGCCCCCACCUCAGCCCUAGUGGCCACACCCCCACCCUAUCCACAAGCCCCAGUCAGCAGCCCUUAAACCACUCUACAACCAUCACCAGUGGGCUUAAAUGGGGUGAGGACGAUGUGCCUCCUAGACCUCCUCUACCUCAGCUCUACAGUCCUGAAGAGUAUCCCCCUGCUGUGCCCCCGUUGCCCAGGGAGACAACGGUCAUCAGACACACUUCUGUACGCGGCCUCAAACGACAGUCAGAUGAACGCAAAAGGGAUAGAGAGAUUGGCCAGUACACUAAUGGAGACAGUAAGGUGGAACUUAGGCCUUUUCUGAGCGAACCAGAGCUUAUGGGGGCUGGAGACGGCUCCAGCCACAUCAGUGUUUCGGCAUCUGGACAUGAUGGCGGUUACCAGACGUUGCCUAGCAGAGGAGUGGCUGGCUCCUCACUUAGACUAAAUCAUUCUUCAAGCAUCGCCUCAUAUGUGACCCUCCGAAGAGCGGUCUCGGCUGCUGGCACGAAGGAGAGACCAAAAAGUGCCUUGGAGCGUCUGUACUCUGGGGAGCCGGCGCAGCAGCAGCAAAGGGGGAAGAUGAGUGCUGAUGAGCAACUGGAGAGGAUGAAGAGGCACCAGAAGGCCCUUGUCCGCCAGCGGAAACGCACCCUCAGUCACGGAGACCGCCACGCCUCUUCAACGUCACGCACCUCAUCCUCAUCCUCGCGCCCGCUUUCGGCAGACUUGGGAUCAUGGAAGAGAGAGCAGGAGUUUGACCUGCAGUUGCUUGAGAGGGCUGUUCAGGGUGAGGAGGCGCAGGGAGUUAGGAGUGUCCAGGGGGAGGAAAGACCUCCCGAGCACAAAGAGAGACCCUGUUCGCACUCUGACGAAUGGCUGACGUUUCGCUCCACAGCCACAACUCCUCCCACGCAUGAAGUUGACCUGGAACCACUAGACUAUGAUGUGGACCUUAACAAGGAGCUGUCCAAGCCUCAGAAAGUCUUGAUUCCAGAGCGUUAUGUGGAUUCAGAGCCUGAGGAGCCCCUCAGUCCUCAGGAGGUGGAGGAGCGUCAUCGGAAGGUGGAGCGCAUCAAGAGCAUCUUGGCAAAGUCCAGUGUGCAAAACCUAGCACCGACAGCGUCUGUGGACAAGACAGAGGUGGGGCUGGUGGCACUGGACUCAGCUCUGCAGGAGCAGGAGAGGAUCAUCACCAUGUCCUACGCUCUCGCCUCGGAGGCUUCUCUCAAGAGCAAACUAGUCGCAGUUCCGCCACAGGCUAACGUCCCCAACCCUCCUCCUCCACCCCCUCCUCCGCCUCCUCCUCUUCCCCCUGUAUCUCUGGCACCGUCCUCUCCUCUAAGCAACGGAAUUCACUACACGUUUGUCUAACCCGAGAAAAACACUCAAGCAAUUUCUGGACACUGAGGUGCUAUUCCACAAUGACAACGAUCCACUGGAUUCUGCAAGAAAGGAGGAUUUUGGUUUAAAAGUGGAUAUUUACACCUUCCCAUACAGCAGUAGAAGAACUGUAGUAAACAUUUACAAGAAAAAACAUUUCUCUCGGAGGCUCACACAGUAUUGACUCUUCGAAGUGUUUCUAGUUGCUGAGAGCAACUUUCCAGAGGAAAACAGAAGACGUUGCUGUGGGAGCUGCUUUGCUUAUUAACUAUGAGUGUCUAACAAAUGUUAAUCUCAUAAUAAUAAAAAAUUAUUUUCUACAUGUUAUUGCACUUUGAUUUGUACACUGUAUCGUGUUUUCAAGGUAUGACUGACUUACUUUUACUUGCAGUGCGAUCUCAACUGGGAACAUUUAUGGGAUUUUUUUUGGUUUGUUUUUUGUUUUUUGAUUUUUUCAGGUACAAAAUGUUAUGAACAUGAGGUACUAAAUGUGUCAUGAAGGUAGUAUUUUUAUCAAAGCUCAGAUAAUAUUCUUACACCAAACCACUUGAAAUAUCAUAUGUAAGUACCUGUAGCACUGCCAGUCUCCUUUUAGCUUGCCAAAAUGAAUUUUAUUUUUGCUUACAUCAGAAUGAAAAUAACCUUUAACAUAUUUUUUUUGUGUGACUGGGGAAGGUUGCACAAUGGAAAUUUAUAAA